UAUCAAUAAAACCCACUCACUCCACUUUAUUAUUAUUAUAUACUAGACUGUUUAUAACCCAAGAUGGUACCAAGACUGCGAACCAGUCGAGCCUCAUUAGUCUCGACUCCCAAUCUGACCCCGAUGCUCCUGCGACGGAAAUCGAGGAGGACGGUGAAGACUAGACACUUCAGCCAGGUGCUCGGCCAGGGUCAUCAUCUGGACUCGGUUGGGCCUGGGUCGACCGUCCCCCAUGAGGUGCGCAAGCUGCCGCUCUUCUCCGACAGCUUGUUGCGUGUGCCCGGUACUAAGGCUCCUAUCAGGCCUCGGGCCCGCCUCGGGCCGGCACCCAAGAUCAGCCAUCCCUCCUUCGUCCCCGACCAGCUGACCACCGGUGACGGCCCCAAGCAUGCCAUCUAUCUGAACCCCGAUCAGAACACAUCCGGCUGUACCUCUUCCUUACGGUCACUCUGGCAGUCUGCCCUCAGCGGCUAUUCCUUGGAGAAGAACUUAUCCUCCUUGGGAAGCGUCAAUCUCUCGUUCCAUUCCGCAAGAGAAUCGCCGAGCGAUCCCGAGGAUCCUGUGACCAGUUACUUCCCCCUCCAGCGAGUGAUCUCAAAAGACUUUAUCGUCCCACCAGUCCAUCACCAUCCUAGUCAAACCGACCUUAGCCCUCAGCAGGAUCACUCCCAAGAAGGCUCGAUCUCAGAUAUCAACCCUUCACCCUCUGAAUCGACUGACGAGUCCUCCUUCCAAUGUCGCGGACUAUCAAGCUCUCAAAUCACCCCCAAAUCGCGCUCCCAACCGAGCGACUCCCAGCCAAGCGAUUCCCAGCCGAGCAACUCCCAGCCAAGUACUGACUCAGAACCGGCAGUACAGCGGAUGUCGACCAACGGUCACUCGAUCGUCGAUUGCUGCAAAGAAUCCUUCCAAAGCUCUGACCAGGACGAUUCGAACAACUGCCAGCGCCAUUCGGAGAAGAAGCUUCAACAAGGGGAUCAAACCUACGAGGUCAGUCGUAAACGGGUUUCCAACUCUAAGGACGAGGUAGCGAUCAAGAACUCGUCUGCCGCCGACUCUCAAGACUCUACUGCCAGCACCGAACCGGCCCGAACCCUGAUCCCGGCUAGCAUCAAUCUCGGCCAGGACUCUGGACUGUUUAGUUGCCCGUUCAUCAGGAGGAUGAUCGGCUCGAUCGGCCCGGAUUUUGUCGCCUUUAACGAAAAACGUAAAAAAUUUCAGGGUGAACUUCAGGCUAAGAUUCGACUCAAAUUCCAACGUGAUCAUUCAAAAAGAGGCGCAAAUAGAACUCUUUCCCGAUAG